AUGCCAGACGUAAAGGCCGACUCUUUGGAACGGAGGAAACCGCGAGUAGUCACCGCUACAUCUCCACAGUUUUCGAACUCUACAUAUGCAUUCCCUAGGCAUGUCCGCGCUCCUGUAUUCAACGCAUCGGACGCAAGGACUCGAAAGACCCGCAGUUGCGGGCCUUUGAAAGCGGAUCCUGACGUUGGAAGGGAGCUUUUGGAGAUUCUACGCAAAGGGGAUUCGUUGUCAGGAGAUUUCCCGGUCAUGUCCCCGCCCAACCGUUCUACUAACCCGAUAGUCAACGAUAACAACUUUAGGCGGUCUUCUGCGUUUUCCAGCCAAAUGCCGGCCUUGGAUUAUCCUCGAUUGGAAACUUGUAAAGUGAGUGUUGCGGUCGCACCGAAAGCUCGAAUCGAGGGCUUCUUCUCUCCGCUGAAGGCAGCGGAGAAUCAUUGCAGCCUCCUCACGAGGCUCGCCUAG